UAUGAGAGGGCUGUGAUACGGCUGCAAGUUUGUAUCAAGGGGUAGAAAAACAAAAUAAAACAGUUCAUGCGAGAAAAAUGUGCAACUUGUGUACCCUUCAAUUUUAAUCCCCUUUCCAUUGUUUAAUAUAAACAGGCGUGUUUUUUUUUUCUCUUCUUCUUUUUCUUUUACAUUUUAUUACUCAUGUUUGCACCCACGUAUACUUCUUUUGACUUGAACGGCAAGAAGAUCUUGUAUGAUACCAGUUUUGAUCAUGUUGCGCGAUUUGGUUCUGAUCUGUAUAGUCCAAUGAUACCGCCCAACGAUUAUAUCGUAAAUAUGUCAGGUGUGUCGGACAUGAAUUCAAAAGAAACAGACUUGAACUUGGACUAUCAAAUGUCUGAAGGAAAUAACAUGAUCACCAAACGAGACGCUAUCUCUUAUCUAACCGGCGAAUUGGACAUGACACAGUCAACUCUUGCAAAAUUUUACAGUCUUGCGCCAUUUAGUCCUAUCGAAGGAGAUUUAAUAAACUAUUCAGUUUGUGACAACGCCUUUGUCUCCGAUGGCUCCGACCUAGAUCCAACAGCGAUGAUCACAACUCAAAUGGGUCAUCCGAAUGUGUUCAAAGAAAGCUUACCGUCAUUUACAGAACUACCAUCAACCGUCAUAUCUGGUUACAAUUUAGAGCUACCUGUCGGUUUUGAAGAGCAGCAGCCGUACUUCAACUCGGGUGCUACGACAUCAUCGCUCAUGUGUUGUACAACGCAAAACAUUGUGGUACCCGAGGGAAGCAUAUCGCAUUUACCUGAUUUAGCAGCCCCUGAUGAAUUUAUCUCUUCCGAUGAAGAUAAUAAUAGUGCCGCUGACGAUCAUGACUAUCCAGACCAAAAGGAUGAGGUCACUCAGGUUACCAAGGAAACGCCAAAAGAAGUAGAAACGGAAAAGGAACAGACGGAAUGUAGUGACCGACAUUUGGAACACAGCGAUAGUCAAACAGUCAUUAAGCCAGUUCGACGAAAGCUGACCAACCAGGCUCGUACAAAGAAACAUUGUAAAUCGGGUCACAUCAAAAAGAGGAAUAGCAAGCUGAGCAAGAAAUCAUCCGUGUUUUAUCAAGAUCAAAGUGAUAAUAGUAAGAGAACAAGAAAGAACUAUGACAAGACUGUUAUCAAUAUCCUCAUGAGUUGGUACCUUGAACACGAUGGAAAGAUACCAGAUAGUUCUGCUAAAGAGGGUCUCUGCAAACAAACUGGUAAAUCUAUUGUUCAGAUCUCCACAUGGUUCCAAAAUGCAAGACGUAGAUACGCCGGUAAAUUAGAAGCCUAUAGGCUAUACUCUAUAAAGCAUCCAGAUAUUGUGUAUGAUAGUGAAUCUUUGGACGUAUUUUUAAGAUCAAAACAAAUGUAACAAAUGUCCCCUCCCCCUUGUUUAUAUGCUGAUACCCCUCUUUUCUUUUUCUUUUUUUUUUUUUUGCUUUAAACAU